AUGAAUGUGCCUGUCAUCGUUGCUGCAGGUCUCGGAUUUGGCAGAGACAUGUGGAGCAUUCCAGCCGACAACAUUACCGAAAGUCUGAAGUGGCUGUACGUAGCCUACUUUAUGUACAUGCUUGCGGAAGCGUUGUGCCAGAUAUCAAUCCUCGCCUUCUACCUUCGCAUCAUGGUCGAGCCCCGGUUGCGUACAGUCGUGUGGAUCUUGCUAUGUGUGGUCGCUUGCUUCGGCAUUGCCAACAUGUUCGCCAUGAUCUUUCAAUGCACACCGAUUCCGUUCUUCUGGGAUGGUUGGAGGGGCGAAAUGGCAGGCUUCUGCGGAGUCGACGUGCGAUUGUUUGGCUUCGCUCGAGGUGGGAUAGAGAUCUUCCUUGACCUGGCGAUCUUGACAUUGCCGCUGCCAAUGCUUGCCAAACUCAACAUGUCCCCAAAGAAAAAAGUCCAGAUCAUGGCGAUGUUCUGCGUUGGAUUCAUUAUCACCGUCGUAAGCUGUCUCCGAUUGUGGUCAUUCGUUCAAUUCGCGCAGACGACAAAUCCAACUUAUGAUAACGUCUCAGGCCUUUACUGGUGCGCAACCGAGUCGAAUCUCUUCACCGUGGUCGCAUGUAUGCCAGCGUGGCAUGCAAUUUUCCACAAGGCGUUGCGAAAAGUACGAGGUAUCAGUACCUAUGCGAGUCGUGGUCAGUAUGAUAGUGAAGGCCCAAGCAAGGGCUCAUACUUGCGGCACAACCCAGACCAACGCAAGAACUCCAUGCCCUUCGGGGCGAUCAAGAAGGCUACAGAUGUCGCCAUCUAUCGAACCGAAAGAUCGAGCUCAGACGUAGAGCUGGUAGACAACAGGCGGCCGGUAUGA